CAUCACCAUCACUCUGUUUUCAAAGCCUAUCUAUCACUAAAUCUCAUUCUUCAUCUGUAGCUGUUCUGAUUCCUAUUCAGAAAACAUGUUGGGAAUUUUCAAGGAGAAGUUGUUUAAUGCACCGAAGGAGCUGAAGAGUCCAGCUUCUUUGAGUUCGUGCACUAAGCCUAAGCCCAGCAAUGAAAUCGUGAAUGAUUUCAUGUCCUCCAAUUCCUCCAAAGCUUUCUCAAUGUGCUUCGGAAAUGAUGCAUUGCUAGCCUAUUCCCCUUCAAACAACAAUUCCACCCAUCAAAGGUUGUUCAGUGGUUUGGAUGACAUAUACUGCGUUUUCAUGGGUGGCUUGCACAACCUUAGUAGGCUGAACAAGCAGUAUGGGCUAUCAAAGGGAACAAACGAGGCCAUGUUUAUCACCGAAGCAUAUCGAACUCUUCGAGACAGGGGUCCAUACCCUGCCGAUCAAGUCCUCAUUCAACUCGAAGGCAGUUUUGGAUUUCUGAUCUUUGACAACAACCAUCGAACUGUUUUUGUUGCAUCUGGUUCCGAUGGCCAGAUCGGGCUCUACUGGGGUGUUGCAGCCGAUGGUUCGGUAGUGAUUUCUGAGAAUCUGGACAUUAUAAAAGCAAGUUGUGCUAAAUCAUUCGCACCAUUUCCAACUGGGUGUAUGUUUCACAGUGAACAUGGUCUGAUGAACUUUGAACAUCCAACGAGGAAGAUGAAAGCAAUGCCCAGAAUUGAUAGCGAGGGGGUUAUGUGUGGGGCAAACUUCAACGUUGAUUCUCAAUCAAAGAUCCAAAUGAUGCCGCGUGUUGGAAGUGAAGCUAACUGGGCUACUUGGGGAUAGUUCAAAACUUUGUUUUUAAAGAGUCACUCUUUGCUUUUAGCCCUUUCCGGAUAUCUAGUUUUCUUGUUUGCUUCCAUUAUUCUGUACAUAUUCAUGCUUCAAUGCUUCAAUGUUGAACAUCACUUUCGUAAUUUCUAAUAUGAAUGGCAACAAAUUCUUGGUCUGCUACUUGCUUUGCU